AUGCACAAUUCGAGAGAGGAAUGCGGACUCGAGCCUGGGUGUUCCACCUCUUCGAACAACACCACUCAAUACGAAAAUUUGAGACCUCCAGGGAUUCUCCGAUAUUCUAGAAAUAAUCACAAUGACAGGGCAAAUGGUGGCUCGUACAGUUCGCGACCGGAUUUACCAGCGCGGUACAAUUACGAGAAAGAUUUCCUCGCACCGACAUCAACAACAGCGAGAUCGGAUCCCGAAAUGACACGUCUCAACAAUAAAGAUUUUCCAAUGACCCUUCUCAAGCCGUUACCGAGUAGCCCGAUUUUCUUCUAUUUUUGUGGCAAAUGUCAUGUGGCAACGUUAACAAAGAUCAUUUCGUUGAUAUACCUGGCUGUUUACGGGUUCUUGAUAACGUUGCUGUUAUUUGUCGGACACGCCACAUCAGUAAUGUUUGCGGCACUCUUUUUCGGCAGCGUUGCCUAUUCAACUAUUUAUGGAGCAUUCAAAGGAAGCAAAUUGUGUUUAAUCCCGUUUCUUUUUCUUCAGGGAAUUUUGAUAUUCUAUGCCCUACUAUUACUUGUCAUGUGUGUCUAUGCAGUUUUCUAUCACGAGAGCUAUCUAUUCACUCUACUCAAUGAGCAACAUAUCCCCUUCAACAUUCACCCGGUUAAUGUCUUCAUCGCUUUCAUCUCAUUCUUGUUGGUGUUGAUCGGUCCUUUGGUAAUCUCAGCUCACAUUGUCUACCUCGAUUAUGUGUUCAUCUCGGAAUUAGACGAGGUGCUGGACAUGGUGAAAGAGUUGAACGAAGUAAUGUCCAAGGAUGAUCCAAGUCCUCCACACUUU